GAACGCAGAUAAGAUCAACCCAACGUACAACCUCGGAACUCUCACACACGGGCCAUAUUGGAAGUACUAUGAUCGUGCUCUUGGAAGGCAUUGCCCCUAAUCAGCAGACUGUUGUGAGAGUAACUAUUGGGAAGAGCCAAGGACUCUACUCUAGCCUUUCUCGCAAAACCAAAGACAAAAAUUCCGCUCUCAUCACCAUUGGCGAAGUUCAUGUUGACAUUCCUCAGCAUCCUGUGAUUCUGCAUGACAUGAUGACCCGUGGAACCAAGCAGCUCUCAAGUACUUUGAUGGAACUGCGUGUUGCUCGUCCAAGUGCCCGGUUAAGCCGAGGAGCCACAGUUGACGAGCCUGAUGUGACAGCUUCCCCACGGCCACCACAAGAACCUCCAGGUCCUCAGGAACCAUCUCCUCCAGAUUCAUUGCUGCAUCCACUUGUGAUACAGUUCUCUAUUCUACUUCAGAGUCUUAGUAUCCAAGCAGCUUUGUUACCAUCUCUUCAGGCACAGUAUCGAAUGGAACAAGUCUCUAGUUUAGGAAUAACUGGUUCAAAGGCCAAGUUCACUGUACAUCUCCCCACACACCACCUGUCAUUUUCAACAAGGCUGCAGGGAUUGCCAAGUGAAACUCAUCUACCAUCAUCAGCCAGUAUCCAGCUACCACAAGUACAUGUUGAGGCAGAGUUUAUUCAGGAUGAUGACAGGCAUAGUGACCAACAUGCAGCAGCAGAUGGGAUGGUGUUACGUGAGGGAAGCUACCUCAGUGCUGUAGCAGAGAUUGGUGCCCUGGAGCACAGCCUGACCACAGACCUACUGAAUCACCUGGUCUUUGUGCAGAAAGUGUUUAUGAAGGAAGUUAAUGAAGUUGUGCAGAAAAUGGCUGGAGGAGACAAACCAGUGCCUCUGUGGACUGAGGAGGGACCAAGCCAUGUUACACAACCUCGUCGCUUGCUCUUCACCCUGCAGCUGCGACUGAAAGGUAUUAUCAUCACAGCCACAACUCCAACCCAGUCUGCUGUGAGGUUAGAAACAGGGGUUGUUGAAUUGCAGCUGAGCAAUCGAGUGGAGAACAUUAGCCGUCCGAGCCAUACAUUCUCUGACCCAUCACAGCCAAUGAAGAUUUUUGGAAAGGCUCAGGUGGACAUCAAUUUAGCCCUGGGCCAACUCCUAAGGAAUGACAUGUUUGAAGAAGCUGAACCAGAGUUCCAACAGCUGGCAUUCUUCCGCACCAGAAUUUAUUUAAGGAAUGCUCUCUAUAAUGAGAUGAUGAGCGUAGGUGACGAUGGUGAAGUUGUGCUCAUUACCCUCACUCGACCUCUAGUCUGUGUUCAGCCUCUAGCUGUGGACAGGGCUGUCCUUGUUUGGCUGAACUACAAGAAUGCUUAUGAAUAUUGGAGUGAACAACGGGCUUCUCUAAAUAAGGAGGUAUUGACAGCCACACAGCAGGUCUUUGAGAAAGUUCCACAGUUUUCCUCCCUCUCGUCAGCAGCACACAUAAAGAACAAUGUGUAUCUACAGCUGACAGUAGAUGACAUUGGUAUAUGCCUUCCACUCAACCCAUGUCGCACUGUAAGCCAUCAAGUUGAUUCAACAGAGACACGAGAUGCUCUCGUGGUGACACUUGAAAGCACCAUAAUAUCUGCCUGUAACUCUGGCUCUUUGGUAUGUAAGGCUCGCUUCAAAGGAUUCUGUAUGCGGUUUGCACCAGAGUUUGAGACAAGCCUUGAUGAUUGGAAACCUGAUUUCAAGGAUCCAACAAUCAACUUGUGCACUGUAUCUGAGGGCACAUAUGAAGUGUGCAGCCGCACUGUUGCUGGACACCCAGAAAAAGCAGAGAAUGCUAAGUGGCUUCUGAAUGUCAUGUGGCAGAUGGAAGGAGUUGACCUUCAUCUAGAUGUCAACAUAGGGAAGCAUUUGAGUGCUUUGGCUCGCACGCUAACCAUGUUGACAGGUGCCCCAGAUACAGCCAUACCCCAGUCUAGUUAUGAUUCUGAUGAUGAUGAUGACCACACUGACCAUUCUUCGUCACAGCAAGAAUCAGCUUCAGGAAGAAGGCAGAUAGCACUUAAUGAAAGCCUCCCAGCUUUCAUAUUUGACCCUAACCUUGAUGCCAGGCAGCGAGCCAAGCUUCUGGAGAUAGAAAUGAAUGAACAAGCAAAGACAGUCAAUGACCUGAAGAUGUUAGGUGCAUCAGCCUCUACGAUCGAGCAAGAAAUGCGACGCCUGCAGGAUCUGGAAGCAGUCGUCUUCCAUGAUUUCCGUCGCGAUGUGAUCAAGAAGUUACGGAGACAGAGUGUAAAGGCAACUUCAAUGAAGGACCGUCUUGGCCUGGGCCCCAAGUCUCAUCUCAGGUCCAAGAGCUUUAAGGUUCCCUCACCAACCAUAGAGGUCAAGGAACCUGUGCAUUGUGGAAGUCGGGGGAGCAUUGACCAAGCUUCCAUUAGUGUAGACAGCUCACCCUGCCACACUGCUUCCACUAAUGACCCUGCUGCUCAGAAAGUAAAAUUUGUUGAAGGAUCGACUAUCGGGCGGCACUUGUCAUUCACAAGUGGCUCAUCAGACUCUUACCCCACGGAUGAAAUUGACAACUCUGAUGUGUUCCUGUCAACACCAGGGCAUGGUAGAACCCCAACCCCUACAAAUGUAUCUGAUACAGAAACAGAAACUAUCACUAUCACAAAUUUCAGCAGUGACAAUGUAGGCAGCAUGGAGAGCAAGAGCUGUGGAGGUCUGAGUGCACUGGUGACCAUGCUAGAUCAGGAAGGAGGACAGAAUGCAGAAGUGGGUGAAGGGAGAGGCAUCACCCAUGAUGAGGGUGGUGGCACCGGCAGCACUCCGGGAACUGGUACAGCACCCUUGUCUGGUCAUUCAAGCAGUCACAGCUCAGGCCCUAUUACUCCAGGUGGGCUAGGAUCAAGUAGUUCAGGCACUGUUAAACCACAGGACCCAAGUAUAGACCUGGAUUGGAUAGAACUCAAGGAAAAAAGCCCCUCUAAAAGGCUUAGCUUCGCGCACGCCCCCUUCACCCUCGGGAUUAGACACACCCAACAACUAUUUCGCACGCGCGCCACUAUAUCUGAGACUUCCAGGAAGUCCUGGCCCACUCAAUUCCCGGCCAUAAAAGAAUGCAAGGCCGGCAUCCGCACACGAAUCCAUAUCUCCCCUCAAACAAAUUCUUCGGCCGCGUGCUCCUCCUCCACCAUCACUUUCAGUACUCAGCUCGACACAGUGUAUCUAAUUCCUGGCGACUCGCAGAUCGCUGAAGCCGUUCCCUUUGACACCAUGCUUCUUGAUACUCGGUUCCCUAUAUCUGUUCUUAAUCUCUCUUCGCUAGCCUUCUCAGUGCACACUGGCCCCGACUGCAAUGUCACACCCAGUAGGACAGUCGUGGACCCGGCCUCACGUGAGAAGGCGUGCCAGCCCGUGUGGCUGUCCACGACUGGCCCCGUAGCACGGUCGUGCUGGGCACCCAAGGUGACAGUACAUUCAAGGAAAAAGUCUGUUGGGACAAGUGGCAUGAAGAGGCUUCUCUCCUUACAUGCCUUACCUUACAGAGUAUCACAAGAGCCGGACCAACUGUGA